UUCCUCUGGACGCUCUCGUUUCCCCUUCCGAUUCCCAACGAGCGGUGCGGCUCCCGGGUCCCAUGGCUGAACCCGCCCUGCAGCAAGCGCCGGCCAACGACGGCCCCGCUGCCCCCGCCGUGGAAGCUACCCUCCCCGGCCCGGGUUCCAAGCGGCAGCGCCGCCCCAGCGUCCGCCUCGGCGACAUCGGUGAACAGCCGGCGGCCAUUCCGCACGAACCAUUCGUUCGCCGGAGCAAGCACUGGAAGCACUCCGCCGCUGCUGGGAGAGAUCAUCCCCGCCACCCUCAUGCCUCCAAGGCACGUCCCGUCAUCACUCCCGUCCCCGACGGCUCCAGGGAGUCUCCGGGCUUUUACCAGGCACCGCCGUCUUCCGCCGCGGGCAACGGGGUGCUCCUCCCCGUCGACGAGAACCUCGAGCCUCUUUCCGUCGGGGUAAGGCGGUACCGCGACGCGAAGGCCCGGAGGAGCGGCGCCGGCGGGGCUGCGGGCAGGCGGGCGAGGUCAAGCUGGACAUCCUCCAAGGUCGAUGAGAGCAUCGACGCCACCGCUGCCGACUUGAAAUCGAGCGGCGGGGAGGACGCCGGAGAGGGAGGUUGCAGGGAGUUUGAUGAUCUCCGGGCGGAGGAUUCCGAGAGUCCAUCCGAUAGAAGAGAGGCGGCGGCGGCAUUUAGGGUUAGGGUUCCGGAGACCGAGGAUAUGGGACACGAUGGAGACGCCCCGGAAGGAGAUGCGCCAUCAGAGAACGACGGUGGGGAUUGGAACGAUCAGAAUGGACGGUGUGGAUUGCUCGAGGAUGGAGGAGUUCGAACGUGGCUGAGCCGGCUGGGGUUGGAUCGCUACGCUCCAUUGUUUGAGAUCCAUGAAGUGGACGAUGAGGUGCUUCCUUUGCUCACGAUGGAAGAUUUGAAGGACAUGGGGAUCAACGCCAUUGGGUCGAGGAGGAAGAUGUACUGUGCCAUUCAAAAGCUCAAGAAAGGAUUGCCGCAAGAGUCCUUGCAUGAAGAGUGUGGUUAACUGCAAACAAAGUUGUGGCUUUUUGCUGGGAAGGAUGGAAUUGCUUGCCUGAAAUGCUCUCAGUCCACAAGUUUCACACUUUAUAUUCCUGGCACCAGCAAUGGCUGUCUCUCAUUCCGACUAUUUGUUAUGCAUUGCGUUCUUCCAUAUCAGAGUGCAGCAAAAAGGAGUUUGUAUUUAGUAGCUCUCAUCACCCAUUCAAACCAUUACAACCAGAUUACAUUUACAUGUCAAUUCUUGCUGUAUUUCUUUGUUCCAGGUUUAAAUGAAGAAAGUAAAGUUCAAGUCAGUGGAAAGAAUUGAUGCGACACUGCUGAUGAAGAAAUAUUGCAGCAGGAACUGGAAUUUGUCAGAUAGCAGCAAUUCAGCAAAGGAGAAAGAAAAGGAAUUAAUUAUACUUCUUGAUGUCAUCUGUCUUUGGCUGUUCCUGAAUGGAUUAGAAUGAGAAAGAAUAGAAGUCGAUGCACUAGGAUUGCUCCUCUGCGACCUGGAAGAUCAGACCUCGAGUCAAUGGGAUGAGGUUCAUCGGCGUGGAGGUUCGUGCACUUGGCCAUCCUUUUUUCCUCUCCUGUAGUGCAAUGUCAUGAGAUGGUUGAUGCUCGGUGUGUCAGGGAGUAUCAUCGGAGCUACGCCACCGGAGAACCAUAUGUUAUCUCUAACAUACUCCAAUGUCCACAAGGGAAGCAUCACCUGAUCUCUGCAUGUGAUCUCCACCUGGUUCAAGUUUUAUCAUCAAUGUUUGUUAUGUGUGUCCAAUUGAAGAGAGCUACAGAAUCUGUUUGCAACUCUAUGAAUAGAGCAUCAAUAGCAUAAUGAUUUGAGAUUAGAGAAAUAUUCUUCAAAUCAUUCUUAAUUACUAGAAUAUUUUCUAUUUCCCUUUA